GCAAGGACGCGGCAAGGGCGGUCAUGGCCGGCUCCAAGCAGCUGUCGCGAUUUUGGGAGUGGGGUAGGAACAUCGUGUGCGUGGGGCGUAACUACGCGGAGCACGCUAAGGAGAUGGGCAGCGCUCUGCCCGCUGAGCCGCUCCUCUUCCUCAAGCCUUCCUCGGCCUACGUGCGGGAGGGGUCGCCCAUCGUGCGGCCGUAUUACUGCGGGAACCUGCACCACGAGGUGGAGCUGGGGGUGGUCAUCGGCCGCAGGGCCCGGGCCGUGCCGCAGGACCGGGCCAUGGAGCACGUGGCGGGAUAUGCCCUGUGCCUGGACAUGACGGCCCGAGACAAGCAGGAGCAGUGCAAAAACAACGGGCUGCCCUGGACUUUGGCCAAAGGGUUCGGCUCGUCCUGCCCGGUCAGUGAUUUCGUGCCCAAGGAGAAGAUCCCAGACCCGCACAAGCUGCGGAUUUGGCUGAAGGUGAACGGGAAGCUGAGGCAGGAGGGGGACACCUCGUCCAUGAUCUUCUCCAUCCCUUACCUGAUCAGCUACAUCAGCCACGUAUUCACCUUGGAAGAAGGGGACUUGAUUCUUACGGGGACUCCCGAAGGAGUCGGGUCCGUGGAGGCCGACGAUGAGAUCGAGGCAGGGAUCAGGGACGUGGUGACCGUGAGGUUCAAGGUGGCACAGGGCACGGAACCCACGAUCCUAAAAAGGGUUUGAUUUCCAUUUCCUCCGUCUCCUCCAUUUCCAUGAAGGCUUCAGCAAACCCGGAGUCCAGCCCAGCCUGGAGCAGGUGGAGCCCGGAAGCUCCAGAUUCCAAGAUUUAAUUCCAAAACCAUACCUGGGAACUGGUGAUGAAGACGCUGGGGAGGGGAAUGGGGCUGGCUGUACUUCUGCGUGUGCUUCUCUUCUGCUGAUGCUUUGAGUUUUGCCAAUGUAUUGCCUUAAAAUAAAAAUUACUGAUCAAAACAAUUCAAAGGAUGGUGUAGGAGCUAAGGCUCAGCCAUGCUGUGGGGAAUCAAAGGUGUACGUGUACAUGUGCAGCCCUAAAUCGAGAAUUGCAGCUUCACAAACAAGAGUUCACAAGAUUCCUCCCUGCUUUUUUCAAACAUACAAAUUAAAGGAGGAUGGCUUUUCCUCCUACUCCAAGGGGUGAAGGCAGCAGGAAGUGUGCCAGAUGUUUGGCAGAGGUUUUUUUUUUUUUUUCCUAAACUGAGCUUUAAAUGUGUUCAAAAAGUGAAAUAAUGCAAAAAAAAUCAAGAAUAAAGAAGCGUAUGUGUAAAGAUCACCCCCAAACUUGUCUUUUGACUGAUUUCAAUGUAUUUUUAGUAAAACUGUAACUGCAGCAGUUGCUGUGAGCCAAUGCAGUUG